UCGUGUUCGCAGAUGUCGUGAUAGUGUCACCGCACCGCAGGUGGUCUUAAGAAAAAUGCAAAGUGCUCAAGUGAUAUCGGCCCCUCCGGUGGGUUGUCCGAACCCGCGUUUUGUACAAGUACUGAUAGACAUGCGCGAUGAAGAAAAGAGUCUGUCGUCCCGGAAGAGGCGAAGCAUCAUCAAGGUUGUGGCCCUUAUCAGAUCUGCAUCACCCUUGCCGUUUUCUGCCGCGAGUCUGGCCGCUGAUGUC